AUGAAAGCACAUGUAUUACUCCAAAAGAAGGCCCCAGAAGACACAGCAAAGGUCGAUAUCUCAACAUAUCUACAGAACUUAUCUCAAGGGGAUACCAUAUGCAUCAGGCCCCCAGGAGGCACCUAUAUCCCCCCGACCACCACAGUCGGUGCGGCAAACCCGACAGUAUUCACCACGACGGCAACUCCAGGUGAUCCUACUGUUAGCGGCAUGAUUCCAAAUUCCUGGGGUAUUGUCGCUACCUUGACGGGCAUUAUGCAGGGCUAUAAGAGCUUGGUAGCCUCUCUGCGAAUUGGUUAUCUUUUCGUGUCUGCUGCUCUUGCUGGAUCCAUUGGUGGACUCUUUGCCUAUGGUAUUGGUCACAUGGAUGGCCUGGCUGGUCUUCGUGGCUGGCGUUGGAUCAUUAUCCUCGAGGGGAUUCCCACUUUCAUGCUUGGGAUCUCGAUCUGGUUCUGGAUUGCUGAUACGCCAGAUACUUCUCACUAUUUGACCAUGCAAGAACAUGAGCUUAUCAACCUGCGCAUGCGCCAGCAAGUCGGACACACUGGAUCUUCAGACCAGAUGCACAAAAGAGAUGUCUAUGAAGGAUUAAAAGCCUGCAAAAUCUGGCUGUUCUGCAUUAGCCAAUUUGUUGGGUACAGUAUUCUCGUGAGUACCGCACCUAGGGGCGUCAAAUACUUUGGGUGCUUGCUUGCCGCCAUGGGACUGUACUUGAUUGUGGGUAUUCCUCUUGGAUGGCUCCCAAGUAACAAUCCCCGUUAUGGGGAGCGUACAUUGGCAACUGCUCUCCGAGGCAGACAGCUUUACACCAGCUUGACACUACCAAUGCUGAUUCUUCAAAAAUCGAUACAGUACUUAGAUGCUUUUGGACACAUUGCUGACAAUAGUUUAUUUCAAAGGGUGGGGCUAUCCCCAAACUAUUGA